AUGGCACCAUCCUAUAAGUCAAGUGAAUAUGUGCAUGAUUCCGACUCAGAAUUAUCUAGUUCAGGAGAGGAAGAAAUUAAAGAAUACGUCCCACCAAGAAACUACAACAAAUUCUCAUCAUCAUCUUCAAAUGGAAAAUUCCCAUCAAGUUUAAAAGGUAAAGAAGUUUGGUUAAUCAAAGCACCAAAGGGAUUUCCAUUAAAAGAUUUGAAAACUUUAUCUGUAGCUAAGAAAAACAAAGGAAAUGAAUCCAUUAAAGUCAAUAAAAUCUCAUACAAAAUUGAUGAAGAUUUUGACAUUGAUAAUGAUAGUAAUAAUAAGCAUACUUUAUUUGCUUCCAAAAAAGCUGGAUUCAAACCAAUAGAUGCUAAAAUCUCCCGUUUUUACAGUAUCCAUGAAGUCGUUAAGAUUCCAAGUAUCGAUUUAGAUAAAGUCGUAGUGCCUAGAGAAAAUGUUCAAAAGGUAAAGAAACUAAGAAUGAGACAUUUCCCUACUGGUUAUGGCGCGAAAGAUUAUCAAAUUGAUGGUGCUCAAGAAGAAGAAUCUGAAGAUGAAGAUGUCAGCUCCGGUAAAGUAUUAAAGAAAGCAAGAGUUGAAUCCAAACCACAAGCAGACGACGAAGAAGAUAUUAAAGAAAAAAAGACCAAGAAGGAUAAAAAGGAAAAGAAAGAUAAAAAGGAUAAAAAAGACAAAAAGGACAAAAAGGACAAAAAGGAAAAGAAAAAGUCCAAGAAAGAAAGCCAAUAA